UUUAACCACGCCUUUGCGUGAAGAAUGUCACAGUCAGAUUGAGACAAGUUACGGAGCCGUUACGGUGUUUAUAGCGUGUCACGGAGCCGUAAUGGCGUAUCAUAACCAGUACAGACCUCCGCAGUACAACAGCGGGCCGCCGGACCAGGCGUUUCUGUGGAAUAUAUUCCAGAGGGUGGACAAAGACAGGAGUGGAUCGAUCUCAGAUACGGAGCUUCAGCAAGCUUUAUCGAACGGCACGUGGACGCCGUUCAACCCUGUGACCGUCAGAUCGAUUAUAGCCAUGUUUGACCGAGACAACAAAGGUGGUGUGAACUUCAACGAGUUUGCUGGUGUAUGGAAGUACAUCACAGACUGGCAGAACAUCUUCCGCACUUAUGACCGUGACAACUCAGGGUUCAUCGACAAGAAUGAGCUGAAACAGGCUCUCACUGGCUUCGGGUACCGUCUGUCAGACCAGUUCUAUAACACUCUGAUAGACAAGUUCGACCGGCAGAGAAAAGGACAGGUAGCUUUCGAUGACUUCAUCCAGUGCUGCAUUGUACUACAGAGGUUAACUGACAUCUUCAGGAGAUACGACACAGACCAGGACGGCUGGAUCCAGGUUUCUUACGAGCAGUAUCUGUCCAUGGUCUUUAACAUCGUAUAGCACAACACCACCACAAACACCAGUGCCAAACAACAUAUCUGUGUCUUUCUACUGGUCUUCCACCAGUGACAGCGUACACACCUCACUCAAGUUUUAUGGGACUGGAGCUAACGUCUGUUCGUCAUCUUCCUUUAAAUCCAUCAUGAGAAGCUAAUGAUCCUAAUCCUGUGUUUCAUAUUAAAGCAUCGUGUAAAGUUUCACUGUAACAUCCGACCGCAUGCCUUCUGUGUCCGAGCAUGAACACAGUGUUUGUGUUGACGUCAUGUUUACACCGAACAUCAUGAGUUUUAUUUUAAAUCACAUGCAGGAACUUUUAUAUGGUCGUGUGCAUGAAGCUUUGCAGCUGCAACUAAAUGCAAAAUGUUUUAUUAAAAAAAGGAAAAAACGAA